GCUCAAAACAUCAAACGAAAAACUGCCAUGAAUUCUAUAAAUGCAAGUUUUUACCAGAAUAUCUCCAUAGUUCGACCUGAGUACUUUUUCAUCAGUGGACUUUCAGGUAUACCUUACAGCAGUUAUUACUAUAUUUUCUUAUUUGUCGUUUAUUUUAUAUCUGUAAUUGGGAACUCUGUAGUCCUUCUCAUUAUAGCUGUUGACCGGAGUCUGCACAGUCCAAAGUACAUUGGUGUGUUUAACUUGGCCUUGGCUGAUAUUGGUGAAGCUAAUGCACUGAUUCCUAACAUGAUGAAGAAUUUUCUGUUUGACUCACAGUACAUCUCCUACAAUGCUUGUAUGGCAAACAUGUUUUUUGUGUUCCUCUUUAGUUCCAUACAAAGUUUCACUCUUGUUGCUUUGGCGUAUGAUCGCUUCAUUGCAAUUUGUUUACCUUUGAGAUAUCAUGCUAUUGUGAAUAAUACCAGCAUGAUUUUAAUUUUCCUAGCUAUAUGGGGAUUUAAUUCUUCUGUGGUGGCCUCUAUGGUGUCUAUGAUCACUCGACUUUCACUCUGUAAAUCCAAUGUGAUACCGAGUUAUUUUUGUGAUCAUGGACCAAUAUUUAGGUUGGCUUGUAAUGACAUCAAAGUUAGUGAGUUUUUUGCUUUUUUCAUCUCGAUUUUAUAUCUUACCAUGCCAAUGGUCAUUAUUGUCGUUUCAUAUCUGUAUAUUUUUCUUGCUUUGAUCAAAAUUACAACUUGGGAAGGACGGUUAAAAGCAUUGAAGACCUGUGUGUCUCACCUCUUGUUAGUAGGAAUCUUUUUCCUUCCUGUAUGCUGCACAUACAUUGCACAGAUUUUGCUUGCUCUUACUCCUAAUGCCAGAGUCAUCAGCACAUCUCUUUCAUAUGCUAUUCCACCAAUGCUAAAUCCUAUUAUUUAUGUUUUAAACACAGCUGAAAUCAAAGAUAUAAUUAGAAAAUUGUUUAAAAAGAGACUGAGGCCAGUUAGUGAUAACAUUUCAAAAUGA